GGACUUAUAUAUACAUAUAAUAGAUUUUUAAUAUCUUUACAGUCACACACACACAUAUACUUAUCCUUUUUUAUUCACUUUAGUGCGAACACAUGCUCAUAUAGGCUCUCAGAUUUGCUCCUUUUGUAGAAGCGCACAAAGAAGAAGAGUUGUUCUAUACAUAUGUAUAGGAAGAUGAGAGGAGGAGGAUUGUGGCAACUUGGGCAGUCAAUCACUCGCCGUCUUGUUCAGGCUGAUAAGAAGGUUGUACCUCGUCGAUGCUUUGCCACAGAGUCUGAGCUCAAGAAGACUGUUCUAUACGAUUUCCAUGUUGCCAACGGUGGGAAGAUGGUGCCGUUUGCUGGAUGGGGCAUGCCCAUUCAGUACAAGGACUCCAUCAUGGACUCCACUCUCAACUGUAGGGAAAAUGGUAGCCUCUUUGAUGUCUCUCACAUGUGUGGGCUGAGCCUCAAGGGGAAAGACUGCAUCCCAUUUCUUGAAAAACUUGUCAUUGCUGAUGUUGCUGGGCUUAGCCAUGGGAAUGGGACCUUGACUGUCUUUACCAAUGAAAAGGGAGGGGCAAUUGAUGAUUCAGUGAUCACCAAGGUGAAGGAUGAUCACAUAUACUUGGUUGUGAAUGCAGGAUGCAGAGAUAAGGAUCUUGCACACAUCGAGGAGCAUAUGAAGGCAUUCAAGGCCAAAGGUGGGGAUGUCUCAUGGCACAUCCAUGAUGAGAGAUCUCUACUAGCUCUCCAGGGUCCUCUGGCUGCCCCAUCUCUUCAACACCUGACAAAAGAGGAUUUGAGCAAGAUAUACUUCGGGGAGUUUCGGAUGUUAGAUAUCAAUGGGGUGCACUGCUUUAUCACUAGGACCGGGUAUACUGGUGAAGAUGGAUUUGAAAUUUCAGUUCCUUCAGAACACGCAGUGGAUCUUGCCAAAGCAAUCUUGGAGAAAUCUGAAGGGAAGAUAAGGUUGACGGGGCUGGGCGCUCGAGACAGUCUCCGGCUCGAGGCUGGACUGUGUUUAUAUGGUAAUGACAUGGACCAACACACAACACCUAUAGAGGCAGGGCUUACAUGGGCAGUAGGGAAGAGAAGAAGAGCCGAGGGUGGUUUUCUUGGUGCGGAGGUGAUACUCAAACAGAUUGCAGAGGGUCCAAAAAUCAGGCGUGUCGGUUUUUUCUCUUCAGGCCCACCUCCCAGAAGCCACAGUGAGAUUCAGGAUGACCAAGGACAAAACAUUGGGGAAGUCACCAGUGGAGGAUUCAGUCCUUGCCUCAAGAAGAACAUUGCCAUGGGGUACGUGAAGUCUGGAUACCACAAGGCAGGCACCAAAGCUAAGAUUGUGAUUCGUGGAAAAUCAUACGAGGGAACUGUCACAAAAAUGCCUUUUGUACCUACAAAAUACUACAAGCCAUCUUAAUUCCUAUGGGGUAUCUCAAAUCCUAGAUUUUCUUAUCGGUUCCUGACAUGUUUAUUGAACAUACUGCUCUCAAUUUUAAUCUCCUUUGGAUUUU